AUGGCUUGUAUUGCACCAUUAGUAUUUUUCUCGGCCCUUCUUGGUGACAAAGGAUCAUCCAGUAUUCACAAGAUGGCAUUAAUGCAAAUGAUCAAAGCAAAAGGCGGUCUUGAGCAUCUCGCUCUUGGCGCGUUCCUCUCGGGGCUUAUCACCAUAUGCGUUCUCACCGAAGCCAUCAUCAUGGACUCAACACUCGACAUACCAUUCCUAGAUAUCCCUCCCGCGCCACUCACGCCCCCGACAUAUUUUACCUCCGCCAUUCUCCGUCGAGCAAUCAGCAGAAAAGGAGGCUACUACAACCUCUCCCCCGACGCAAUCGAACUUUUUGAAGAUAUUGACUUUGUUGCCAAUUUUCUGCCAGAAGAGCCCGCUGCCAUCGAUAUCCGAGCCAAAUGGGUAACCAAAGUGGAAGACCUCCUGUUGUCCACUGACUACCAGGAUGGCCGGGAUAAUACUGAUGAUUUUUCUAUCGAGUCGGACGCUGACGCAAUAAUGCAGGCUUGCCACACAGCUGCCUUAAUUUUUUGGUACUUUUUUCUUGAUGACGCUUAUGUUGCCCCAUUUCGUAUGGCUGUUCUGCAAUGUCUCGUUCGGAAAUUGCAAUAUGCGCUAUCCCGCGGGAGCAUGGAUACAUGGGUGAGAACCGCUCCAGAAGCACACACUUGGAUAUGUCUGCUUGGGACAGCGGCCGCAUCGGAUAUGAAUGAUCGGAUCUGGUUCAGUCUCAGGCAUGGUCAGCCGGUGAUAUGUAUCGAGAGUAAAGGGGCAUCGGUCUUUUUGCAGAGUUGGAACAUGUAUAACUGGGCGAAUCGGAGACGCAAGGAAAGGAUGAUGGCAGCGGAGGAGGAGGGUAUUUUUUCUGUUGAAGGAGAAGAAAGAGGCGAAGAAGACGAGGAAGACUGA